AUGGCAUCCUCUGAUUCAAGCUUAAAGAGCUCUUUACAUAUAAGAUCUAACAGCUUGCCCUCUGCACCCCACCCUCUUGUAUCACAAUUUGAGGAGCAUCUUAGCCGAUUGAAAUCUUCUGAAUCUGCCUCUUCUUCUUCUCUUCUUCAUCUCAAAGCCACAACUCAGUGGCUUACAGGUUUACAUGAUUGCAUUGAUAAGGUUCUUCAAUUACCAACCACCCAACAAGACUUUGCAAGAGAGUUCAGCAGCAAAACCUUUGAUGAACUACUUGAUGGAUCUGCAAGGCUCUUGGAUGUAUGUAGCAUAGCCAAAGAUUUCCUGCUUCAAUCAAAGGAAAGCUUGCAAGAGCUUCAGUCAGUCAUCCGUAGAAGGAGAGGUUCAAAAAAUGGACUUGCGAUUGCGGUUGGCGAAUACUUGGCUUCUAGGAAGAAGAUGAAGAAGGCAAUUUGUAAGGGACACUUAAAACAGAACAGAUGGUCAGCAAUCUCCAAGCUGAUGCAGCCAAAAAGAGUUUCUUGUGACUCUCAAGAAAUUGGCACAAAUGAAUUGGAGAAGGUAGAUGAAGCUUUGAAAUCCCUCGUCAGUCAAAACAAUCUUCAAGGCGAUUUGGAAAAUUUGGAGAUGUGCAUUCAAGAUCUAGAAAGAGGAGUUGAAUGCCUUUCAAGAAAACUUAUUAGAACUAGAGUUUCUCUUCUCAACAUCUUCAACAACUAG